GUAUGGCACCUAAUCUUAGCGACUGCAGAGUGCUCAAAGAAGAGCCGCUUGCUUCUUCUGAUGCCAAAUGGACUGCAUUGAGAAAGCCAACUCGACCGUCAAAUAGCUUGAUCGAUGCAGUAGGCAUUGUCGCUAUUCUGGAGAAGGCCAGCGGUCCGGAGUUACUUUUACAAAAACAAUAUCGGCCACCUAUCGACAAAGUCUGCAUAGAGGUUCCUGCUGGUUUGGUAGACGAGGGUGAAGAUGCCGAGACUUGUGCGCUGAGAGAGCUCAAAGAAGAGACUGGGUAUGUGGGAGAAGUGAUCGAGGGCGCUCUAGGAGUGACCCCA